GUACGUUUACAGCUCCGGGAAACGCCCACCGAACGGAAUGUUUUUGGGAUUUGUUGUUGAGCAGAGGAAGGAAGUUUCGGGUACUCCGACGUAAGUUCUUGUUUUGACCCUCAAACUUUAAUAAUAUAACAUUUUUUUCGUGAUUUAAAUUCGUAUAAAGCGGUAUUUCACCGCUGUCUGGAAAGCCCCUCAGCGUAUUUUGUGUUAAGGCUUAAGCUAGCAAACAUGAAGCAAUAGCUAAUAACCGUUUUAGCACUAGCUGGUCAGCUAGUGACACUUCAGCUUCAGUAUGGAUUGCAGUGCGCUGGAAGUGGACGCUGUGAAAUUUGCAAAGUCAGCGGUGUUACACGACCAGAAAGGGAAAUACAAUGAAGCUAUCUUCUUUUACAAGGAGGCAGCCCAAGCUCUUAUCUAUGCUGAUAUGGCAGGGUCUAAACUGGAUAACAUUCAGGGAAAGGUGAAUGAGUACCUGGACCGAGUACAGGCUCUGCUCAAUGCUGUUCAAGCUCAAAGCAAUGACCCAUUAAAGACCAAGCAUCAGCUGGAGCUGGAGCGUUCAUACUUUUUGGUAACCCAGGCUUUUGAGGAGGAUGAGAAGGGAAACAGUGAUGAAGCCAUUGAGCUCUACACUCAGGCUGUGGAACUGUGCAUACAAGCAUCCAAUGAGACUUCGGAUCAAGCGCUGCAGGGCAAACUGAAGCAGUUAGCUCGCCAGGCACUGGACAGGGCAGAGGGACUAAAAAAUGCCCUUUCAAAAUCCCAAGACAAGGCCACUUCAUCUAAUGCAAAAGCUUCUGCCCCUGUGAGGCAGUACCAACCCCUGGGUCCAGAUUUCUCCCUCAAUGACAAGCCACAGCCAGUGCGAGCAGUCCAGUCUAGUGAGCCACAGGGCCAGCGCUACACACAAGAGGAGAUACAAGUACUCAGGAAGACUUCCAAGAUAAAUGGAAUUGAAUAUGUCCCGUUUAUGAAUGUUGACCUAAGGGAACGCUUUGCCUUUCCUGUUCCGUUUUCGGAUAAAUGUGGAAAGCUGGCCCUAUCUCCUAAACAGAUGGCCAUCUUCUCUCGCUGGGUUCGACCUGAUGACAUUUGCAACAAUCCCACCAUGAUUUUCACUGUGUCGAGCUUCAGCAUUAAACAGACUGUGGUGUCAGACUGUUCUUUUGUUGCCUCUUUGGCAAUCAGUGCAGCAUAUGAGAGACGGUUCAACAAGAAGUUAAUCACGAGUGUUAUUUAUCCUCAGAAUAGAAGAGGUGAGCCAGAGUAUAACCCAUGUGGGAAAUACAUGGUGAAACUGCACAUCAAUGGGGUCCCUAGAAAGGUGAUCAUUGAUGAUUUCCUCCCAGUGGACCGCAAUGGUGAGCUGCUCUGCUCCUACUCAAGUAACCGAAAUGAGCUGUGGGUUUCCCUCAUAGAGAAAGCCUACAUGAAGGUGAUGGGUGGAUAUGAUUUCCCUGGCUCCAACUCUAAUAUUGACCUGCAUGCGCUGACUGGCUGGAUUCCAGAACGCAUUGCUAUGCACUCAGACAAUCAGUCCUUUAGCAAGGACGACACCUUUCGCAUGCUUAACCAAAGGUAUCACAAAGGAGAUGUCCUAAUCACUGUAGCGACAGGUGUGAUGACAGAGGAAGAAGGGGAGAGGUGGGGCUUAGUGCCCACACAUGCCUAUGCUGUUUUAGACAUCAGGGAAUACAAGGGGAAGCGUUUCCUGCAGCUGAAGAACCCUUGGAGCCAUCUCCGGUGGAAGGGCCGCUACAGCGAGUGGGAUGAGAAGAACUGGACACCAGAUCUACUAAAGUACCUCAAGUUUGACCCCAAAACUGCACAAAAAUUUGAUAAUGGUGUGUUCUGGAUCAUCUGGGAAGACUUAUGUCAGUACUAUGAUGUCAUCUACCUGAGCUGGAAUCCUGCUCUGUUCAGAGAGUCCACCUGCAUACACAGUAGCUGGGAUGGAAAACAAGGUCCAGUGAAAGAUGUAUAUAGUUUGGCCAAUAACCCUCAGUACAAGCUGGAGGUUCAGUGUCCACAAGGUGGAGCUGCAGUGUGGGUGCUGCUAACAAGACACAUCACAGACAAGGAUGACUUUGCUCAAAACCGGGAGUUCAUCACUUUAGUAGUUUACAAGAAUGACGGCAGGAAGGUUUAUUAUCCAAGUGACCCUCCCCCUUAUAUUGAUGGCAUCAGGAUCAACAGCCCACAUUACCUGACCAAGAUUAAACUGACCAGUCCAGGCACUCACACAUUUACACUAGUUGUGUCUCAAUAUGAAAAACAAAAUACCAUCAACUACACAUUAAGGGUCUACUCAUUGUGCAAGUUUAAUUUCUCCAAAAUUUCAUCACCCUUCAACCACACAAAAAGGUUAAAUGGCCAGUGGAAAGGGAUCAGUGCAGGAGGCUGCAGCAACUAUAAGGACACCCACAAGCAUAACCCAAUCUACCAAUUCAACUUGGACAAAUCCGGACCUCUGCUCAUUGAGCUUCGAGGCUCUAGGCAGUACAGCGUGGGAUUCGAAGUCUUGACUGUGUCGACCGUAGGAGAUACAGGGACUUCAGGCAUCCAGAAAAAGGGAAGUGGAGAUUACAGGUGUGGUUUCUGCUAUAUGGAGCUGGAUCAUGUCCCUGCCGGCAUCUACAAUGUCAUCCCUACCACUUUCCUGCCAAACCAAGAAGGACCCUUCUUCCUAGAUUUUUUCAGUGCAACUCCUCUUCGAGUGUCUCAGCUACAGUGAUGACUCGGUAGCCAAUAUUAUAAGCUGUUACAGCACAGAAGAUCGAAGUACAAAGUCUUCUCUCAGAUCAGUUUCCUACUGGUAUAGACAUGCCUUCUGUCUUUCUGUUCUCGUGAGUUGCUUCAUUGUCAAAGUGUAUAGUCAAAACAGAUCAUCACAGACUGUUUACUUGGCACUCUCUGGUAGGCCUGGCUCUCACUGUCAUUGUACAAUGCUUGGAAUGAGCUAUUAAUCAGUAAGGAACACAUGCUCCAAAACGAUGCACUAAAUUGUGAUGACGACAUGGAUGCAUACAUAUUUAUUUUAUUCCACUCAGGAGAUUGCAAUAAACUGUUGAAAUCUA